UGGUCAGUUCGAGUGUUUCCAUUCGUUUCCCAAUUCUAUUUGUUGGUGUGGUCACUGCUUUUGACACCUUAAGAUAUAUGGCGCGUCAUCCUACAACUGAGCGCUUUUUUCUGCUAGAGCCACCACAGUAAAACACGCUCUGGCCAAAUGGGAAAUGGACUCAAAACAGAAGGCAAGUGAAGCUACAGAGAUCAAACUGUUUGGUCAAGUUCCGCCCAUUGAAAAGUUGGACGAUUCUCUCUCAACUCUCAUCAAUUGCGAGAAGCUGUCUUUAUCAACAAAUAGGAUCGAGAAAAUAACCAAUCUCAGCGGUCUCAAGAAUCUGAAGAUUUUGUCAUUAGGCAGAAAUAACAUCAAGACACUUGUUGGGCUGGAGCCACUUCAGGACACUUUAGAGGAGCUGUGGAUUUCCUACAAUUUGAUAGAAAAGCUUAAAGGAAUCAACUAUUUUAAGAAGCUGAAGGUCCUCUACAUGUCCAACAAUUUGGUGAAUGAUUGGGACGAAUUCAUGAGACUAGCUGAUCUCCCGUUGCUGGCAGACCUGGCUUUUGUGGGAAAUCCUCUCCAGGAGAAGUGUGCGCCGCAGUCCAAAUGGAUACAGGAAGUCUCUAAAAGGCUUCCUGAUCUAAAGAAAGUGGAUGGAGCUCACAUCGUAAAAAAUGAAGAUUAAGAAGAAGAAAAACAAUGCCAUUCAUACUUCUUUUUGCAUGGUUUGUAGAAGUUAAAACAUUUUUACAUUUUUUUAUUUAAGAAAAGUCUGGGAAGUCAUUCAAAUGUUUAAACUAUACCAUAAUAGUUUAAGUUAUUAUUGAAUAUACUAUUUAUGUUUAAAGUUUUGUGUGCCACUGCAUUUUCAAGCAGAAGCUAAAGCAUGAACAAGCACAAUAAAUUUAAUAUGUUUCUCCUA